AUCACAGUAGGAGGUAGUAUCGUCACCGGAGUAGAGGAGGUAGGUGGCACCCGCUCCAGCUCAGACAAUUCGGUGACGGAAUAAUUCCUUAUAAAUUUUCCCUUCAAUAAACAAAAAAAACGAAUUCUUUUCGUACAGAGAAGUGAGGGAGAGGCGUAAUAACCCGGUUCAAGUUUCCUGCUGAAUAGUUUUUUGGAGUUAUCUCAAUUUCGGAAGGGCGGAGAUUUUCUCUCUCUACGACACCCCAGUUAGCUUCAGUUGAGUCCACCACACGCUCUCUCUCUCUCUUAGGGUUCACAGUUUUGGGGCUUCUUCUCUUAUGUUCCUGUUCCGCAUCUCCUGCUCCCAAUCAGUUCGAUCUCCUUGUUGUGUUCUGUUCCAAUUCCGGAUCUAAAGCCCUGGCCAAACUCCAACUCUACCGAAGAGCCUUCGUCAAGUUCUGGAAGGAUCUCGGCCGUCGAUUGACGAUGGACGGGUCGUGGACGGCGGCUGUGAUGCGGAGGAUUCACGAGCGUGUAGUCGGAUCCAGCCGUACUGCUGCCAUCUCCUCCACCAGUGAUUUAUGGCUUCUCGGAGUUUGCUACAGUUUCGGCGAGUCCUCGGCUUCGCUGCUGGAAUUCGAGCAGGACUUCUCGUCGAGGAUCUUGAUGACGUAUAGGAGAGGGUUUGAUUCGAUUGAGGGUGGAGAUUCCAAGAGUUAUACGAGCGAUAUUAACUGGGGGUGCAUGAUUCGGAGCAGCCAGAUGCUUGUGGCGCAGGCAUUGCUGUUCCACAGGCUGGGGAGGUCAUGGAAGCGGCCGCUCGACAAGAGCUGCGUAUUGGAAGGGGAAUAUGUGGAGAUACUGAAGCUGUUUGGGGAUUCCGAAACGGCGGCGUUCUCCAUUCAUAACUUGAUUGAGGCUGGAAAGGGUUAUAGCCUUUCUGCAGGGUCGUGGGUUGGACCUUAUGCUAUGUGCCGGUCGUGGGAGACACUUGUGUCCGAGCAGAGGGAGGCUGAGGCGGAGGGAGGUCAGGAGCUUGAUGACCAGCCACUGCCGAUGGCUGUUUAUAUUGUGUCUGGAGAUGAGAAUGGGGAAAGGGGUGGCGCGCCGGUUGUGUGUAUUGAGGAUGCAGCUAGACAUUGUCUGGAGUUUUCGAGAGGAAGAGUUGAUUGGACGCCGAUUCUUUUGCUGGUUCCUUUGGUUCUUGGACUUGAAGAACUCAAUCCCAGGUACAUUCCGUCCUUGCGAGCUACAUUUACCUUUCCUCAAAGUGUUGGCAUCAUGGGUGGCAAACCUGGUGUGUCGACUUACAUUAUUGGUGUGCAAGAUGAGAAUGCAUUGUACCUUGAUCCGCAUGACGUUCAACCUGUAGUCAAUUUGAGUAGGAAUGGUGCAGAGGUGGUUGAUGGUGAUGCCACUUCGUCUUACCACUGCAAUGUUAUACGCUUAAUUCCAUUAGUUGCAGUUGAUCCGUCCUUGGCGAUUGGAUUCUAUUGCCGUGACAGAGAUGAUUUUGAUGAUUUUUGUCUACGAGCUUCGAAGCUGGCUGAGGAAUCAAAUGGUGCUCCCCUGUUUACUGUGACAGCUGAGACACAUAGUUUAUCAAAGCCGCCUAGCCAGAGUGGUGAUGGUUUGGGUGAUAAUGGUGGUGAUCAAGACAAUGAAGACGCGGAUGCAGAUGGAAGCACUCGUGAAGAAGAUGACUGGCAACUCCUUUGAAGUCAUAAAAAUGGGGUCUGGCAACCUUGUAUAUUAGCUAGCAAGUGUUCAUUCAGGGAGCAGUAGGGUGGUGCUCUAUAAUCUUCUAAACUGUGUCUAUUUCUUGCGCAUUGCAGUAUCCCUUUAGUUAUUGGAAUGUACAAUGUUUUAUUUUAGUAAACAAACACAA